CUGUACAGCCGCUGAAGGUAGACUCGGUCAGUUCGGCUCAGCGGUUAUUGUUUAUAUAGAUGAGAAUCAUGAUGCCGCGAUUAUUGUUCGGUUUCUGUCUGAUUGUGGGAGUAAUGUCGGGGAAAUACUCCCGAGAAAUAAACGAACAAACGGCUUCUACUGAGGGAAGCAAAAAUGCGGUGGAAUUUCGCAUCGCUAAGUUAAAUCAGGUCUGGGAGAAAGCGAACAGAAUGCAGCUCGCCCCGGUGCGUCUGUCUGAACUCCACAGCGAUCUGAAGAUCCAGGAGAAGGACGAGCUGCAGUGGAAGAAGCUGAAGGCCGAGGGACUGGACGAGAACGGCGAGAGGGAGGCUAAACUCCGCCGCAACUUCAACAUCAUCCUGGCCAAAUACGGAAUGGACGGUAAGAAGGACAAUCGUGCCCUGGACAGCAACAGCCUGAAGGACCACGAGCCCGUACAGGGGGACACGUUUGAAGACCCCAGGCUGGAUAAGCUGUGGAACAAAGCCAGGUCUUCGGGAAAGUUCUCGGAGGACGAGCUGCAGAGUCUGCACAGAGAGUUCCAGCACCACAAGGACAAGAUCCACGAGUACAACAUCGUGAUGGACACAGUCGGCAGGACGGAGGAGAUCCAUAAGAACGUGAUCUCCUCUCUGGAAGGAGACCAGAAGCAGUCGACCCUCCAUGAGAAACACAACGAUCUCAAACAGAGGAUGAAGGAUCUGAACCAGGGCUUCGAGCGUCUACGCAGAAUCACACACGAGGGAUUCAGCUCCGAUAACGAGUUUAAGGAGCCGAGGGUGAUCGAGCUGUGGGAAAUGGCCAGAAGAUCCAACCUGUCCGAGGACGAGCUCGACUCUCUCAAAGAGGAGCUGAAGCACUUCGAGACCAAGGUGGAGAAGCACCAGCAUUACCAGGAGCAGCUGGAGUACUCGCACCAGAAGCUCCAGCACAUCGAAGCCAUGGGAGAUAAAGAGCACGUCAUGAGACACAAAGAGAAGUACGACACGCUCGCCGAGAAAACACGCGACAUGGGAUACAAGAUGAAGAAGCAUUUGCAGGAUCUGACCAAUAAGAUCUCUCAGAACGGACUGCAGCACAACGAGCUCUGAGCAUCACCGUCCCGUCUCGCCAUGGCAACGUAGAGAACCCUCCGUCUCCAUCGAGGAGCCUUCGGUCUCUGCACCUUCACAUUUCACCGCCGAGUAUUUUAGGGUGUAGUGACUGGGUUUGGGUAUAUGGGGUCUACCUUUUUGGUAGGGGUGAGCACCCACACCCCGACAUAACGGAACACCUUUAAUGUACAUUUCGGGAUUUUUAGAAACCAGUUUUAUCGAUGAUGGUGGUCAUAGUGGAACUAUCAGCGAAUCCCAGCAUUCCCAUUAGAACCGAACAUUCCAGCUUCUUUUAUCCGUUUAUCCGUCUCCUUAGAUUCGUCACGGGUCUGUGUGUCGGUUAGGUUGUAGGCGCGGACGUUAGCACGACGCUGAUUAGUAACAGAAUUUAUUUCUUAAUCUCUGUAAAUAAUAAACCAUUUUGUCCACAAA